AUGUUCCAGACAUGUCCCCUCGAUCUACCUGAGAUUCGCUCCAUAAUUGCCAGCAAUCUUGGCCUCAACGACCUCACGUCCUGUGUGCGUGUGAGCCAGGAUUGGAGGGACUUGUUUACACCUCCACUUUACAAGUCUGUCGUGUUGUCGAAACAUGGUCCCAGCAUGAAAACUGUCAAGAGAAACAAGCACCUUAUAAAAACCCUGAAGGUCGAGGGCUCUAAAUAUAGAAACCUAUCGUCAACGUCUAGCAUCCUGACCAACUCGACUCUGACCACUUUGAUCUUGCGUAACAACCGGAUCGAAUCCAAUGGAGCUCAGGCGCUGUCUGAGGCACUCAAGACCAACUCGAUUCUGACCACUUUGGACUUGAGCAUCAACCGGAUCGGAUCCAAUGGAGUUCAGGCGCUGUCUGAGGCACUCAAGACCAACUCGAUUCUGACCACUUUGAACUUGAGUUACAACUCGAUCGGUGACAACGGGGCUCGUGCACUGGCUGAGGCACUCAAGAUCAACUCAACUCUGACUGCUUUGAACUUGUCCGAUAACAUGAUCCAUGACAACGAAGCUCUGGCGCUGGCUGAGGGACUCAAGAUCAACUCGACUCUGGCCACUUUGGACUUGGGCUGCAACGGGAUCGGUGACAAUGGAGCUCAUGCACUGGCUGAGGGACUCAAGAUCAACUCGACUCUGACCACUUUGCACUUGGUCAACAACUUGAUCGGUGACAAUGGAGCUCAUGCACUGGCUGAGGCGCUCAAGGUCAACUCGACUCUGACCACUUUGAACUUGCGUUACAACUCGAUCAAUGACAGGGGAGCUCAGGCGCUGUCUGAUGCGCUCAAGAUCAACUCGACUCUGACCACUUUGCACUUGUUCCAGAUCGGAGACAGUGAAGCUCAGGCGCUGGCUGAGGGACUCAAGAUCAACUCGACUCUGACCACUUUGGACUUGUUGUACAGCCAGAUCGAACCCAAUGGAGCUCAGGCGCUGGCUGAGGCACUCAAGAUUAACUCGACUCUGACCACUUUGAACUUGAGACACAACCGGAUCGGAUCCAACGGAGCUCAUGCGUUGGCUGUGGCACUCAAGACCAACUCGAUUCUGACCACUUUGGACUUGAGUUCCAACUCGAUCGGUGACAACGGGGCUCGUGCACUGGCUGAGGCACUCAAGAUCAACUCGACUCUGACCACUUUGGACUUUUCCGACAACUCGUUCAGUGGCAACGAAGUUCUGGCGCUGGCCGAGGCACUCACGAUCAACUCGACUCUGGUCACUUUGGGCUUGAACAGCAGCCGGAUCGGAUACGACGGAGCUCUGGCGCUGGCUGAGGCACUCAAGAUCAACUCGACUCUGACCACUUUGGACUUGUCCAACAACUCGUUCAGUGACAACGAAGUUCUGGCGCUGGCUGAGGCACUCAAGAUCAACUCGACUCUGACCACUUUGGAGUUGUAUCACAACUCGAUUACUGACAGAGGAGCUCUGGCGCUGGCUGAGGCACAUAGGACCAACCCAACUGUGUUCAUUUUAUACAACUGA